AUGGCCAGGCCUGCCUGGAUGCCAGAGGAGACUGAGCCCUCCUCCGCCUUUGUCGGCGAGUGUCUCGCACUCGUCGCCGCCUUGCGUGUCUGUGGUACAGUGCUGCGGCACAGGCAGGUCACCAUUUGUGUCGACUGCACAGCCGCACUUGGCAUUGCCGCGGGCAGGACCGCCGGCAUUGGCGAUGGCAUCGCAAGUGUCCUCCGAUGCAUGAGCUCCUUCGCCAGGGCAACUGCCGAGACCCCUCCUGCAUUUGUACAUGUUCGAGGGCACCAAGGCUCCCUAUUCAAUGAAGUUGCUGAUGUCACUGCUAAGUCCGCAGCAAAAGGGGAAACACUCGGCGGUUGGGAUGCCGAAGGCGAAAUCCCACCCUUGUGGUGGAACAACGGGGCUAGAGCCCUUGACUGGGCAGGCUUGAUCCACCAAUGCCUACGCAGCAACCCAUGCCUGCCUGCUUGUGGACAGGCCCUCGCUGCGUGUGACGGCUCUGCUGGUUUAUCGCCGUUUCAAUGCAUAGAGCCCUUUCUUCCUUUCUGCCCGGGCCCAAGGCAUACCAAAAGCGAAGUCGGCACUCUGCAGCUCACCUUGGCCACCUACAAUGUACUCUCCCUGUGUGGGCGAUCCUUCACUGACAACCGACAUGCCGGGCUCGCCUUUGCCCCGGCAAGGCCUGCCAUUUUAGCCUCUGCUCUCCACUCUUGCGGAGUGACGGUUGCGGGGCUUCAAGAAGCCCGUACAGAGGAGGGCACUCUGCACACAGAUGGAUUUACGAGAAUCUUGGUGCUCUUCACGGCCCCUAUUCUUCUCGCAUGGUGGGCCGAGACCAAACGGCUACUUGCAAAAUUUGCCUCCAAAGGGGUAGUAUACCUCCUCGGCGAUUUCAAUGCCGCAGUCGGAUCCCUCACUUCCCGGUCCGUUGGAGAUACGGAUGCCGAUGUGCAGGAUGUUGCUGGGGAUCACUUGCACGACCUCCUGCACCGGCUUUCUCUAUGGCUGCCUUCCACCUUUCAAGGGGUUCAUUCCGGACCCAGUGGCACAUACGUGCAGAAACAUAACCAAGCAGAAAGUAGGAAUGACUUCAUUGCCAUUCCUGACUGCCUAGACCAAUGCUGUAUUCGAUCAUGGGUUGAACCCCGUAUCCACGCGGGGCAGCCAGUGAUUGACCACAUUGCGGCUUUGGUCAGCAUUACAGCACGCGUCACGCUCGGACCUGGUGGGACCCCGCAGAGGCGAGCGAAGAUUGACGCAAGAUUCCUGAGCACGCCGGAAGGGAGCGCGCAAGCAGCUGAGAUCCUUGCCCGCGUGCCUAGUGUUCCGUGGGAAGUUGGGCCAGACGCGCAUGCUGCGCUACUUGUGUCCCAUCUGCAAAAAGGUUCCAUGAACUUGCGGCUGCCUUCGCGUCACUUCGCUGUGGACACGGUGGCCCUCUCAGAGGCAUGUGGUGCUCCAAAUGGGCGCAGAGGGCUGACGCCCUUUGCCCCAGACGUCCUCCCGCAGCUUCUCGACGAAAAUGGCCAGCUGUGUGAUGACAGCGCCGACACCAUUGCAAGAUGGAGGCGGCACUUUAGCCAGUUGGAAGGGGGUAAGACCAUGAGACCUGCUGAAAUCGCUCAGUUGGACCCACCACCGGUCCCAUAUGGAAUCGACAUCCCGAUCGAGGACUUCCCGGCCCCCUCUGACCUCUUGUGUGCAAUCUUGCGUGCCAAGACUGGCAAGGCUUGUGGACCGGAUGGUAUCCCAGCUGAGCUGGGACGUGCCCAACCUACGGCCCUGCAGCAGUUGUUACUUCCCUUGUUCCUCAAAAUCGGUCUCUUGUGCAGGGAGCCACUAGGACUCAAGUCGGGGAUUCUUACUUGGCUCUACAAAGCCAUGUCGACUGUCAUCCUCUUCGCGGACGUAUCGGCGGCAUACUACAGUGCCGUGCGGGCCCUCACGGCACGGAGGGACAAUGACGAUGGAGCCGACCAGCACCGCCACCAUGACCCAGAUGUCCAGCUCCAGCUGGAAAAGCCGAGUGCGCUCAGCAGGGGCGGUGCGACGGAAUGGCUACAGGCGUUGACGCAUGAUUUCAACGACAGAACCUGGAUGACACUCAAUACGGACGACACCCCUGUGCUGACGACCCAAGGCAUUCUGGCCGUCCGGGACCAGAUGAGGCUUGAGUCUCCGAGGCAAGCCUCACAAGUCGCUGUCGCAUGGGAUGGCUGGCGAGGCUUCUUCGAUCCUCCGCCAGGAGAGGCUCCACCCCCGGCAUCUGCACAGUUGGAAGACGUUGUGUGGGCAGAUGAUUUGGCCUCGUACUUGGGGAUCUCACGGCCAGCUGAUGCUGCAUCCUUGAUAGGUUUGGAAGCCUCUUUCCUGAACGAUUCCUUCCGAAGUUACGGAUACUCGCUUUCGUUCGGAGCGGCGAAGACUGCAGCUGUUGUGCAGCUGAGAGGACAGGGAGCACGGGAGGCCAGGAGAAGAUUGUUCUCCUUGAAGAAGGGAAUUCCGGUUUUGUCUGAGACUGGCCCCUCCGAGCAUCUUCCGCUCGUGCCUGCCUACAAACACCUGGGUGUGCGGAUCACCGCCAACAACAGUCUGCUCCCUGAGAUCAAACAAAGGGUGGCCGCUGCCUGGGUCGCCUUCCGUCAGGGGAAGACUAAAGUCUUCCGAUCAAAAAGGAUCAGCCUCGCCCGAAAGGGCGCCAUUCUGUCCUCUCAUGUGUUGUCUAAGUUGACCUUUGGCUCGGGUGCUUGGGGUCCACUCAAGCAGGGCGAAAUGACUCUGUUCGCCCGAACCGUUGUCUCUAUGUAUCGUCAGUGCCUUGGACUUGCCUUUGCAGAUGACCAGCACAUCACGACUGCCACUAUCUGCGCACUCCUGCGUCAAGCCGACCCCACUACCCUGCUGUGGUCAGAGCGCCUUCGCUAUGCCAGACAACUUGUCUCAAACGGACCUGACGUCCUGUGGGCUCUUCUGCGAGGGGAUUCCGAGUUCAUGGCAGGCAUGCGGGAAGCUUUCGGCUGGCUUUUUGGUUGGAUUUGUGAGACCGUGCAAUUGCCAGAUCCCGCGCUAGCUUGGCAGCCGUGGGUACAUUUGAUGACUUCACGACCAGGCAGGUUCCGGGGGUUGGUCAAACGAGCGAAAGCUCUGGAAUCCAUAAGGGUCGCUUGUUUUGCGGCUUUACAGGCUCUACUGCGGUCCCUGGCCCAGUGUGGAGGCUCCGUGCCUGACACUAGCCGGAAUGACCCGGAACGGCCGGAGCAGUAUCAGGAGGCCUGCCUGAUCUGUCGUGUGGCCUUCCCUUCUCGGGCCUCGUGGGCUGUGCAUGCUGCAAAAAAGCAUGGCUACCGUGCGCCAGCUACACUUCUGUCACAAGGCCAGGAAAAACCGCUGUGCUUGGGCUGUGGCAGGCUUUAUGCCAACCUUCAUCGUCUUCGCAGGCACCUGCUGCAUUCUCAAUCCUGUCGAGUUGGCUGGGGCAGCUUUCACCCCACCGGGACGGUGGAUGGCGACAUCCAUUCACAGCUGCCACCACUGCAAAUUGCCGGCUUCGAGUGCCCUGAGGUCAGGCCGGACCCGGUCUACACCCACCCUGGGGUUGUAGCAGCACUCCGGGCACUUGAGACACCCGACGCCGAUAGUGUCUGGCACACACUCUUGGACUUUGCGGAACCUUUGUCGGUCUUACAACGCUCCCUUCGGGAUUGGGCUUCGCACCCUGAGGCUCAUCCCUCAGCCGGCAGUAUCGUUGAAGAUGCCUGCCUCCUCCUUGACCCUGAGCUGCGGUGCGAGGAUUUCCGGAAAGGGAAGCGGAGCCCGCAAGGCUUUGCCGCAUGUGUCGACCUUCAUUGCCCGGCCGAGUGCAGGCUCAAUUUUGUUCUGACUGGGGUGCCUGCUGUGUUCAAGGUUGAUGACCCUCCGCUCUCGGAGUUUGUGUAUCCCUUCCGUCACAGCAUCCCACUUGCUGCAGCUCGCCGUCACUUGGACUGGCUUGAGCAGGCUUGUGACACCUUCA